GUGCACCGUGGGUCGAGGAUUCAGCAGCUGUUCGCCGUCCCAAUAAUGAAGUCCCAACAAGACCACGGAAUCCCCUCCCCCUCCCGUUACGUUUUGCCAAGCAACCUGUGGAGAGCAGGAAACGACCAGGGGGCGAGGCCGACACGGGUUUACGAACGUUCAACCUGACUGCGUCCGUUAUGCCUCCAAAACGAACUCCUGUCGGACAGCGCUCGUCACUCAACGACUUUCUUCGGCGACCUGCCCCGUCCCCACAUACGCCGCAUCAAGCAUGGACAAAACCGGAACCGGAGAUGCCACAACAACAGCAGCCGUCAUCCUCUCUGUCUCCCUCCCAUGCCCCACUUCCAAGCACAGAACCCGCAGAAUGCCCCAUGGACAUCACAGAAUCCGCUACGACGGCCCAGUCGGCUUCACCAAACUCCGAUUCACAAGAAAGAGGGGCAGGGAAGCGGAAAGCGGAAGAGUUGAUCGAUGGGGGCCCCGUGGAUGUAAAAACGGACCUUCAAGCUCCAGCCGAAGUGGAAAGUUCAGGAACAACUCCUGUUAUUGCUGAGACACGGAAGUCGACUAGGAAGAAGCAAAAGUUGGACAAGGCUGCCCCAUCACAAGCGUCUUCAUCAGCUUCUGCCGAGGUCAAACCGCCUUUCCAUGUAGAUAUCAAGAAGGGCAAGGUUGUCUUCAGCGAGAAGAAGGUCAACUUUGAACGACAUCCCAGCACCAUCACAGAUCUCGCCUCCUUCUUCCAAUGGAAAGAGGAUCUGCCCCAAGGGGAGGCUCUGAGUGUAUUCCCUCCUCUUUUCCACUCACUCGUCGCCAGAUACGUGGAAGAAAGCCACCUCGAAUUGGACGCGUUGGCAUCGCACAUUAAGGACGCGCUGUGUCCCCCGGGGUUUGGAGAAGACUCGCCUGAUGACGGAGAAGUGCUUUCAGCCGAUGUAAUCGCCACUGCCGUUCAGUCACUCGCAGCGAGGCGGAACUAUGGUGUAUGCUGCAACAAUAUCUCACCGCCAAAUCUUGCAGUUUGGAGGUGGGAAGUGCAAAAUAUGUCUCUGUUCCCACCAGAACUGGCCACUACCGUCGAUCAGCGGCGACAGAAGCGGAUAUUAGCUGCGUCCGCGUUGAAUUCUAUCUUCAAGUCCCUCCCGAAAAGCGAGAAGGAUAAAAUCGCACCACCACCAGCAACCACGGCUAAAGCUGCACCGGCACUAGCGAUAGCUUCGACGCCAAGAGCAAAGCAGGAUGCGAAGCAAGAAGCCAAAGAACGUGAGAAGCAGAAGAAGGCAGCAGAGAAAGCCGCUGAGAAGCUUGAGAAAGAGCGCAGAGCUGCGGAGAAAUUGGCAGAAAAGGCGGCGGAGAAGGCCGAGAAGGAUAGAAAAGGAGCGGAGCGUAAAGCCGAAAGAGAGCUGAAAGAGGCAGAGCGCAAAGCGGAGCGAGAAAAGAAGGACGCCAUAAAGCGGGCCCAGAAGGAUGCGGAGGAUGCGGAGAAGAGCAAACAGAAGAGCAUCGCCGGCUUCUUCACGAAGGUUCAGCGGGAAGAAGUGAAGCCAGCACCUCCGGUGAAGGUCGUGUCGGAAACGAAGGCCUUUUGGGAGUACUUUCCACCAUUCCACGCAAAAGACAACAUCACGGUCGCCCCAUACAACCGCUUUCCUAAACCUUCGGCUGCCUUGCUUGCGAAACUGUUCCCUCGCCCUCCGCCAAAUGUCAGUUUACCGAAAUUUUCCAGGGCCCCGUCAACCAGUGCGAAAUCGACACUUCCGGCGGAUGUCAUGGAUAUCGUUCAUGCGAACGGCGAUGGCAGCGUGAAGACCAUCCCAGCGGAGAUUUACCGGUACAAGCUCCUGCAAUUUGCCGGUGACCUUCGACCACCAUACUGGGGCACUUGGACCAAGACCAGCAAGGUCAUCAACGGUCGACGUCCUUUUGCGAGAGACACUGUCACCCUGGACUACGACUACGACUCUGAAGCGGAGUGGGAGGAGGACGGACCUGGUGAAGAGCUUGUCAGUGAGGCUGACGAUGAUUCGGAGGCGGAAUCUACGGCGGAUGCCGCUGAGGAGGAGGACAAUUGGCUCGUCCCUCAUGGUUACCUUUCGGAUGAUGAGGGGCUUGAGAAGGAUGAGGAAGACCAGUCAGCAAAACCUAGAAAUGCACCUGCACCGGCGUCGCCUACAUCCGUGCUAGCAAGGAAAGGAAAGGAGCGCGGGAAGUGGGGAGUACUUGCCGCCCUCGUGCCGGACAUACGUGGCCCGUUUUUCUCCACUGACUUGGAAAGCGGAGAGAGUAGUCAUCCUUUGAGCCAAUAUACCGCACAAUCACUUCUGCCAGAUGUUUCUAUGAACAUCAGCCCAUUCCACGUUCAAAAGGACCCACCCGAUGGUUCGGGGACCCCGGUGUCAGAUGCUACUGAGGCGCAAGGCAAAAAAUCGCUUCAACCAUCCGCGAAGAAGCCUGCUUUUCCCCAGGAUAGGCUGGUGGAACUCAAAGACGCUAUAUCCGGCAAAUCAACGGGGAUUUCGAAACUCGUAGAGGAAUUGAAGGUGCUGUUUGCUGAUGUACCCAAAACUCAACUAGACGCCAAGAUCAGGGAAAUUGCAGUCAAGGAAAAGCGAACCGGCGAUAGAGUCGCUUGCUGGUAUCUGAAGGAUGCGCCCGCGCAGCAGGGCAAUUCGACGUCGGCGUUGGCUCCUGUGCUCACGGCGACGCCUAGGAAACUCAAAGCGAGCCCUUCGAUUAAGGAUAUGUUAAGCCCACAUAAAGCUCAUAAACCGGCCGCCCCAACUUCAACAUAUCCGCGGUCGACACCAAACAGCCCAGCUUCUACUGUCACUCAGAAUAUCCUCCAAUCUCCAUGCCCUCCCAACUCCGCCACCUCCAAACUGGCUGCUUCCAUCGUCGCAUCGUCCUAUACAAGCACUGAAACUUCCGUACCAUCAACGACCUCAAUUGCAAAUCCUCCCGCAGCCAACGCACCAUCUAAAGUUGACGACCGCAUGUCCCUCGCCACGCAGACAUUGCAGUCUUCCGCAAGCACAGAUCCACAGCGCUGCUUAUCCGUCCUACCCGUGCAGGAGCUCGUCACUGCCUCUCAUGGGAUCCUACCAGACGAGCUGAUGACUGCUAUACUCGACGUGGCAGCAAAGAUGAGCGUUCAGGCGGAGUUGAGGAGUCGAUGCCUGCGGGUGCUCGGCAAUCAGGUUACGGAGUUGGAGAAGGGGUUUCACAAUGCGCAAUUGAGGACGGCCGCAGAAGCGACGUAUACGUCCCUCGCGACGAACUCCAAACUUUUUGUUUGCAUAGACAGCAACCUUGUGCCUGAUCCUGAAAAUGGUUCACCGCCCAUUGUUGUCAAAAAUAUGCUACGGUUACUGCUGGCUCUGGUGCAGGUCCGGGCCGACUUCGCGAAACGCACCGUCGAAUCUCUGAAUGAGACCAUCGCAACGAGAUGGCUUCCUAAAUUGCUGACCAACUUGGAGUCGGCGCCGGUCGAGAUGGCCGGAUUCGCUGUUGGCCUGGUGGAUUCUUGCAUUCUCACAGCGGCACCAUUUGAUCCGCAGCAGUUAUGGAGCGUAUUGGAUGCUCUGAGACCGCAGCUUGGGAAGAAAGAGAUGUACCAAAAAGGACCCGGCGUACGAAAGGACAAAUACUUCGGUGUCAAGAAAUAUGCCGUCAAAGCCUUCGAGAAGAUCUUGCAGCGAGGGGAAUGUCGUGCGGUACUUUCAUUAAAGACAGUCCUGGAGAAUUUCAAGUUGGAUAAGGACACUCCGGCACAAUCUAUUGCCCAAGUGAACGAAAUUCUCACCGCGCUAGGGAACUUGGAGCGUGCGUGAUUGUUGCCGCCUGGUUAUAGAGUGGACCCGCAGCAUACUUGGAGGGGCGGGUCCUUGACGUUUUGUAUAUACACAUGGUACAUGGAAUGGCUGUUGCUCACUUACAGGAUGUCAUCCUUAAACCGGUCCAUGCCAAUGAGCACCACAAAUGUGGA